AUGCUUACUUAUUCUUGUGUUUUUCUUUCCUGCUUUUUAUCGUCAAACCCGCCCAAAAAACACAUUUACGUUAUCGCAGAUCAACCCGGUACCACUGGGAAGUAUGUAGUCGCUGAAUAUGAAAAUAUGGGUUCGUUUGACCACGAAAGAAUUCAAAAUGGUCGUACAUUGGGCAGUGAUCCAAUUGUUGUUGGAUCCGUUCCACCAGCCGAUUCUUUAUGGGAUCUUGUCCGAGCCGAAGGAUUCCAUGUGAAAACGUUUCCUCGAAAUGAUCAAGGCUUUGAAAAAAUGGUCGAUAUGCAAAUCGGGAUCAAGUCCUUUUUAACAAUGUGCCUGCUACUUUGGCACUCAUCACUGGAUAUUACUAUUACCAAAAUUUCUGACAAUAGAACUACUCCACCAUUUCGCCCCACCACUUUUGCCGAUAAAUUUAAAACUAUAGAAAUUUAUGAACAUUUUCAAGAUAUUGUUACUAGUCAUAUCAUAUCUGUCAUGUAUUAUACCAGUUUUCCAGUAAAAGAAUGUAAAACAUUCUUAGAAAAAUAUGGCGAAGUAAAGUGGAAUCCAAACUAA